GCUCCCUACUUUGCGCGCGCGCUUCAACGAUUCAAUCAUGUGUUUGGCAAAGAGAAGAGACCUCGCAGGAAGAAGGCUCUAACAGCUCAACGCCUAGUAGAUAGCUUCUUCAUUUGGGUUCCGACCGUUGGUCGGGACGGGUUGAAAAUUUUCAGUUUGUUUUGUCGGAAACGUGAGGGAUGGGUUUUCCGCGAAGCUGUUGCUGCUGAAGAAGCCGCGAGUUUAAUUAAAAAGUUGACAAUGUGCGAUCAUGCAAGUGUCAUUGGAAGGUGCAAAAACAACGGCCUCUGCGGCGCUCGCUGGAGGUGACGAACAAACGCUCGAUGGGCUGGCAGAAGCUGGAGUAGUGACACGGUUAAUUGAAAACGUAUAAAAGUGAUGUGAUGAAAUUGUGACGAAUCAAUAGGAGGAUACGGAAGGUUGCAGUGCUAAUGAGCAAAAUGUUAAUGAAGUUUGGUGUGGUGCGAGACAUAGUGAUCAUUACAGUAUUUGAAAGUGAGGAGAAGUAUGCAAACAAGAAUCAAAAUGGAUAAAAGUAAAAUCGGUAUAUCUAAACGAAACCCCUUCAUCUCCCGCAAACACAUCUUGUUUCUUUUUGCCAUCACGGUGGCAUGUAUGUUCAUCCUGCUUUCAGUGCUACAAUCGGAACCAUACGGAAUCCCCACUGGACACGGUCAGCUGGACAUCAGUGAACCCCUCUCCGACAGCAAGGUAAAUCUGUCCGAAGCUGUUCGUGUCCUGUGCUGGGUCAUGACCACACCGGCCAACCAUGCGUCCAAAGCUGUUCACGUCAAGCGAACUUGGGGCAGGAGAUGCAACAAGUUGCUAUUGAUGAGUUCCGCCGAGGAUAAAGAGUUGGGAACGAUUGCACUGCCGGUUGGUGAAGGAAGGGAAGGUCUGUGGAAUAAGUCGCGCGAAGCGUUCCGGUAUGCUUACGAACAUCACUUGGAGGAAUAUGAUUGGUUCUUGAAGGCUGACGACGAUACUUACGUUAUCCUGGAGAAUUUACGAUAUUUCCUAUACCCAUUUGCGCCAGAAUUUCCAAUUUACUUUGGGAGCAAAUUCCGAUAUCCUGAGUACGUCAAGCAAGGUUAUUUCUCCGGAGGAGCUGGUUACGUACUGAGCAGAGAAGCUUUGAAGCGAUUUGUUGAGCAGGCCCUUCAAGGUUCGAAGAACUGUACCACUGCGUUCGAUACGGAAGAUUUGGAAAUGGGAAGAUGCAUGGAAAGCGUUAACGUAACUGCCGGCGAUUCCCGCGAUCUCCUGGGAAGAAAGCGCUUCCUCCCGCUGGAACCAAUGUUCCACCUGACCACCAAUCCAGUAGAUGACCCCAAUUUUUGGUACAACUACUACUCGUUCUACGAACCAUUUUACGGGGACAACUGCUGCUCGGAUCUGGCCAUCAGCUUCCAUUACAUCCCUGGUCAGCAAAUGCACGUGAUGGACUAUCUGAUCUACGGGCUGCACCCGUACGGAGUCAACUUUCGCAAUCCACCGUUGAAGCCGAAAUUGAGCUGGGAAGAAGCCAGGCUCGUGCCCGGACCAUAUCCAGUGGAAACUACCACGGUGAACGCCACUGUUGAUCUUUCAUCUACUGUAUCUGCUAGUAGAGAAGAGAACAGCAGCAGCCAGGCAAAUAUUGACACUCAAAGUGAGAAUUCUACCAGCAGUGAGGCGUCGAAUGAAGUUGGAAGUACCAGUGAUUCAUCAUAUUUGUUAGAGAUUUUUAAAAGUUUGUUGGAGAAGCAGGAAAUUAAUAAAACAAAGGACGAAGAAAUUAUAGAUAAGAUACUUAGUGAUAAAGCAUUUACGAAAAAGCUUUUAGAUAAGUUGAAAUUGCGCCAAAAUUAAUAAAACAAUAAGUACA